CAUUCAUACAUACUGUUAAUUCUAAGACUCCGUUUGGUUGCCGCGAAAAUGAUUGAGAAGUACAUGAGGAAACUUGUUUCUCCGAGUCUUCGUUCAAUGCUCCGGCUGAUCCAAGCGUAGUUCGAACUCAUUGGCUCAUUUGAGUUUUUUCAUGUUUGUUUCGAAAGUAAAAACAAAAGGCAACUUGCCGCUAAGAUUCUGUGUUCCGUGCACUUGCAUCUCCUCUGUUUUCUCCGCAAUCAAGUGAGGUUUCCGUGGAAUUCUCAUUUCGUAAUGAAAUCUGAUUCCGAUCCGUUGUUUCCGAUUCGCGUGACGUUUUCAUUUGGAUUAGGAUUAUGAUGUCCUUCGAUGUUGCUUGUUUUAGGUACUUGGGGGAAGUUUAAGGAAAGUCAAAUACUAGGUUAGGUUGAGCUUCAUUUUUACUUAUCAAAAAAAAAAAAAAAGUUAGGUUGAGCUUCAUAAUUGUAAUAAUUGUGUCAUCUAUUUUGGGGGCGUAUAUAGUAUUGGGUUUUUAUCAAGGUUGGAUUUGGUAUCUAAUUACAGUAGUUAAGUACGUAUGGGCUACUAUAUUGUGAGCAGAUCCGGGUUUCUCAUUAUCUUUUGAACUAAGGUUUGGAUACGUCGUGUAUUGGAAAUGAGGGAUAAACUAAUUGACUGUUGGGUGUUAGAUUCUCUUAGGUUCUGCUCCUGUCAUUGAUUGAGUUCCUUUGUUUUAUUAAUUUCUUUUGUCUCCCAUACGAUAUAAAUAUGAUUUCUUUUUGUAAUUUAUUGGCUUGAAAACUCAAUCAAUACUUCAAUACAAAGCCUUUACAGUAUACACUACUAAUGCUUUCUUCAUGGGCUUGAAUUUCUUGGGGAUAAUUGGUUAUAAGGUCUAACUUGCAAGAUUACAAUGUUUUCCAUAGUUUGCUAAUUCACUGGAAGAGAAAUGCACAUAUGUAGUGUUAAGUUCAUGUGGAGCAACUUGCGCACACUUCCCAACUUCAAAUCUAAUUGUAAAGGAAGUUUUAAAACAACAUCAUUUACUUUUGGAGGGCAGUUUACAAUUGUUUUUCUUUCCCGAAUUUUCAAAAUCUUCUUCUUUUUAUUUUCUACUUAGGUGUUUCUAAUGUGUACUUCGUGUCUAUUGGAGUAGCACCCCUUCGAUUUCUACAAAUAUCUCAAUAACUUUAUAAAAAAAAGUUCUCUGAAAACUAUAUGUAAGCUUAUGCUCUAGGGAUGUUUAGACUGUGAAGCAAAAAUCAUUGAGCUAAUUUGUUCUCAGAAGUCUUUAUGAUAACUGAACCAUCUCGCAGCCAUGAGCUUUCAAAAUUUGAAAGUUCUGCUAUUUUUCCUGCUAUUACAUGUUAAUGAAUUUCCCAGCUUUUCUGCACAUCAUUUCACAUCAACAGGUUCUUUCAGUUAUUUUCCAGGCUUACAAUGCAUAUUUGUGUUACAUGACAAAUGAAAUUUUUGAGUCUCUUCCUGACUCUUUCUGCAGGGCAAACGCUCAGUGUCCUGAUUCCUCCAGUUCCACGAGUAGCUUCCUUGCAUGCAUUUGUUGUGCUGGUGCCGUCAGCAACUUUUACAGAAAUUCCCUCCUGUAAGGGCAUUUUUUGUUAACUAAACCAACUAAACCACCCUAGAUUCCCCCCAGCCUAGUCUUUAUCAUUGCUCAAAGCGAGACUGUGUUUCAUUAUAUGACUCCCUUGUUCCAUCUUCAGGAGCUUGUUCAUCUCCAAAUUCUCUUUUCACAAUUAACAACCCUCUGAGACCCAAUACUAAUGUCAAGAACAUCCUAAUUAGGUAAGCUAUCAAACAUAGGUGGUGCAGAGGUGUUGCAGCUACCUUGGGCAGGGAGGUUGUAACUAAGUUUGAUACCGCAUGGAAGAUCAUAAGCGCGUAAGUUCAACUGAGGGAAAAAGGCGCCAUGAGUUAACUCCACUAAGGGCGUGUAGGGGUUUAAUGUGUUUAUUGGUGCUACUUUCAACUGCGUUCAUAAUGUUAGUGUAUUUUGGCUUUUUGAGUGCUGUUAUGUUGCGAAUUUUCAGCAUACAUUACAGCAGAAAGGCAACAUCCUUUUUCUUUAGUGCCUGGCUGGCUUUGUGGCCUUUUCUCUUUGAAAAGAUAAACAAGACUAAAGUUGUUUUUUCUGGGGAAACUGUUCCUGCAAGGGAACGUGUUUUGCUUAUUGCAAACCAUAGAACCGAAGUUGAUUGGAUGUAUUUGUGGGAUCUUGCAUUGCGGAAGGGAAGCCUGGGAUGCAUAAAGUAUAUUCUUAAAAGCACUUUGAUGAAACUACCAGUGUUUGGUUGGGGAUUUCACAUAUUGGAGUUCAUCCCAGUGGAGAGGAAGUGGGAGGUUGACGAAUCUACCAUGCGCCAGAUGCUUUCCACAUUUAAAGAUCCUCAAGAUCCCCUCUGGCUUGCUCUUUUCCCAGAAGGCACUGAUUUCACUGAGCAGAAAUGCAUUCGAAAUCAAAAAUAUGCUGCUGAGAAUGGCUUGCCCAUCCUAAAAAAUGUGUUGCUCCCAAAAACAAAGGGCUUCUGUGCCUGCUUGGAAGAGUUAAGGGACUGUUUGGAUGCAGUUUAUGAUAUAACCAUUGGCUACAAGCAUCGCUGUCCAUCUUUCUUGGACAAUGUCUUCGGGGUAGACCCUUCCGAGGUUCAUAUUCAUGUUCAACGCAUCCCUCUCGACAAUAUCCCAACAUCGGAAGACAAGAUUUCUAGUUGGUUGAUGGAUACAUUUCGUCUCAAAGAUGAGUUACUGUCUAACUUUUAUAUUCAAGGCCAUUUUCCACAAGAAGGAACGGAAAUGGAGAUCUCCACAGAGAAGUGGCUUGUCAAUAUUGUCCCGGUUACUGCAUUGAUCAGCAUUUGUAUUUACUUGACCUUUUUCUCAUCCAUCUGGUUCAAAAUGUACGUGUCUUUGGUCUGUGCUUAUCUGGCAUCUGCAACCUACUUUAAUAUUCGACCGGUGCCAUUUUUUGCCUUGUCAAAGCUUUUCUCUAGUAUGUAUUGAGCAGGAAUAUGAGUUCUGUUGUUGUAAUUUUAUGGUAGGGCCAAGGUUCAUAGGUUUUAAGGUUUUUCCUCAAGUAAAGUUGGGGGACAGUCUCUGCCUCUCUGGUACAGAUGAUUCUGUAUUGAGGGUUCCAACAAUAAUGUUCUCCUUCAAUGGCGUUGUAUGAAUUAUCUUUUGAUCAUUGAUCUUGUUUGCUUCUUCCAAUAAUGCAUUUUCCUUUUAACUUUGCC